AUGAUGCUUCUCCUCCCAGCUCCACCCAUCGCUGCAUCUCAGUGGGCUCUGCAUGCCGUGCCUGCAUUACUUCCAGUUGCCAAGACGUGGCCAAGCUCCUCACGAACAUUCCGUUCCCCAGUGGCGGUGAGCCAGGUAGCAGCUCUCAUCGAAUCGGACAGGGUAAUUCAUCUCAAUGUGCCCCAAGCUCCAAACACUCCAAACACCUCGCCUGAGUGGCUGCAGCGUCUCCAAGCGAGAGCUACCCGUUUAUCUCGCCUUGCAGCACGUGGAAUUUCCAUUGCCCAGCAGCUACAGGCUUGUCUAUGGAAUGCCCCCAACAACGCUGAUUGA